AGUUUCAUUUCUCUUUUCUUCAUCAUGAUUUCCUACCACGUAGUAACGGCUACAUCCAUCAAUUUAAAUAAUAUUGAUGUUGGCAAAAAAUAACCUUCAUAACUGUAAUUGAUUGAAAUGGAUCAAAUGAUGAAAGAACAAUUUAAAGUGAAAUAAAAAACAUUAGAUAUACAUGCAGUGUGCUUAUCAAUAGAUAGUGUGUUUAUAAUGUGGGUUCAAUAGGAUUCAUGGUCAAAGGUUCACAAUUUUUCUAUUAAAUAAUGCAUUUUACAUACAUGUUUCUCUGUACAAAGGAUUCCAUCAUCUCCUCUUCAGUUUGACAACAAGAAAGAAUUCAAAACCAUUUAGGUAGGAUUAUAAAUAUACUACCUAUUCAAAAUGUAUUAGGUUAUGCAGAGAUAAUCACGGAAAGUAAUAGGUACUAUGCGCUUAGAGUUACAUCAUGAACAAUGGAGGUUGGAAAUAUUAAAGCUGUUCAAAAAAUUACAUUAAUUGAAUUUUGAAACAGCGAGAAGUACAAACUGAAUUGAUCACACAUCUGUGCAGAGAUAUAACUUGAUAUUUUGCUUUAGUUACCUAUUAUAUAAAAUUGACAGUACAUAAUUCUACAAAAGCUCUGGAGGAUUAAUGAUCAGCUAUACAACCUUUUUUUUAAUUUCUAUUACUUUGAAAAUCACAUAUUGUCUGUUAGCAAUAAAUAUUUUAUCUCGAAAUUGUUUAAAAAUAACGGGUAUAGCCAAAACUCAGGUCCUUUACAAGAUGUCAGCCAAUAUAAAAAGAAAAUAUUGUUUUUAUUAUUAUUUGAGGGAAAGUUUUAUGUCAGUUUAAAGUUAUUUCACAGGAAACCGAUGACUGAUAGGUUACCAACCUCUUCAAUCGUUUAUAUAUUUUUAAUUAUAGUGGCCGUUGUUUAGCCUCAUUUCGUGGAAAAACAAUUAAAUCUACUCAAAUGACUGUUUAAUGAUGAUUUAUAAGCCAACUAAUUUCAUAAGUGAAGUUCAUUAUUGUUUCAAUAAUGUGCAUAUUACUUGUGAUUUUGGCUGUUGGACUUGUAUCAGGUAAUGAUUUUUUGGAAAACCUGAUUUCCGGGGAUGAUGGCAAAAUAGUUGGAGGAAUGACCACGGAUAUAUCUAUAUAUCCUUACCAAGUUUCAAUAGAAUAUAUAGGAAGUCAUUCAUGUGGCGGCGCUCUCAUUGGAGAGACAUGGGUGUUAACAGCUGCCCACUGCACCGACGGAGUAUUUCCUAUCUUCCUAGCAGUCCGAGCUGGUUCUUCCUACCAAGGGACUGGUGGUACAGUGGUACGAAUAAAAAAUAAAUACCAACAUAAAAAAUACAAUAGUGUAAAAUUUGACUAUGAUAUAGCUUUACUGGAACUAUCUGAGCCCAUCACUUCUGAAUAUGCUGAGGUUGUAGCUUUACCAACAAAUAACACCAUCCCGCAAGAAGGUGAGAUUGGAACGGUAACUGGUUGGGGUACAACUUUUGAAGAUGGUAACUUGUCGAAGAAGUUGAGAGUGGUAGAGGUUCCAGUUAUCAGCCAGACAGAGUGUCGAAAAGAGUAUGGCAAGGAUAUUAUAACUGAAAGAAUGUUUUGUGCUGGAUAUCCCGAGGGCGCAAAAGAUGCUUGUCAAGGAGAUUCUGGAGGACCACUCAUCAUCAAUGGUAAACUCAUGGGCAUCGUAUCUUGGGGUAAUGGAUGUGCGAGGUCGCAUCAACCUGGAGUAUAUACCAAUGUUGCUCGAUUCAGAAAAUAUAUUAAAUAUGUAAGUGGUAUAUGAAGUGUGAAAGAAAACGCUUGUGUCAAACUUAUAUUUUUGGGAGUUUAUAUGAGUUUUAUGGAAGAAUUAAUAUUCAUCAAUGUAACUGAGUUUGAAACUCCUGUAAAUAUGUGCGAGAAUAAAUAAAUAACAUUUCAA